CCAAACGUCAAGAAAUUUCACUUGAGAAGAGAGGAAGAAAAAACGCUGCUCGAAAAAUUAAAAAAAAUAACAAUAAAAAGAAAAAAACAUUUACAUAGAGAGAGAGGAAGAGGGGGAGGAAGAGAGAGAGAGAUAACACGUAGAGAAAUUUGGUCCGUGCGUAAACGAAAGGAUACAGAGGAGAACACGAUGCUCUUGGCUAUCUCCUCUUUAUCACUUCCAUUUUGCUCUUCUUCUUCAAUUUCCUUAUCGAAUUUCUGCUGUUGAUUCCGUACUCUCUACGCGCUGCGUGUGUUUUUUUGAGGCAAAUACUCAGUAACUGGUUGAUGCAAUGUCUGGUGAAGCGUCGUCGUCUGGACUGGUUCUCGAAGGUCUCGACGAUGUAGAAGACUACAUUUGGCCUAACGAAGGUGAGAGAUCAUUGUCCAGGGACAGGUUUAGUCAUGUUUUUGAGCUAGUCCAGAAUGGCAACGAGGCAUUCCGGGAGAAUCGUUUUGAGGAGGCUAUCAAUUGUUACUCAAGAGCCAACAACAUCAAACCUGGGGAUCCUAUCAUUCUGGGCAAUAGGAGUGCUGCUUUUAGCAGGAUUAGCCAGUUCCUGAAACAGAGACCUGCUUCUGCUUCUGAAUAUAAACCAUUAAAUGGGUUAGAUCCUACUAUACAUGCAGAACUUGCGCUAAAGGAUGCUGAGAAGGUGAUGAAUUUGAGAAAUAAUUCAGUGAAUCCAUUUAUGUUAAAGGCCAAUGCUCUCAUCUUGUUGGAAAAGUAUGAGCUGGCUCGAGAUGUUAUUCUUUCAGGACUUCAGGUUGAUCCUUUUAGCAAUCCUCUUCGGGCUUCCCUUCAUAAUUUGGAGAGAAUAGUAGCUAAUACAUUGAGGAGAAGCUUUGGCAAAACAGAACGCAGUGAUGAGUUUAAUUGCACACUCUGCCUGAAGUUACUAUAUGAACCUGUUACAACUCCAUGUGGGCAUUCAUUUUGCCGCUCAUGUCUUUUCCAGUCAAUGGAUCGCAGUAACAGAUGUCCAUUGUGUCGAACAGUUCUCUUCAUCAGUUCUAGAACAUGUUCAAUCAGUGUGACACUAAACAACAUUGUACAAAAGAACUUUCCAGAGGAGUAUGCUGAGAGGAAGUCUGAACAUGAAAGUUUGACAAAUCCUGGUGUUGAUCUGAUCCCCCUUUUUGUCAUGGAUGUUGUCAUCCCAUGUCAGAAAUUUCCACUCCAUAUAUUUGAGCCCAGAUACAGACUAAUGGUGAGGAGGAUCAUGGAAGGAAAUCAUCGGAUGGGAAUGGUUAUCCUUGAUUCUGCCACAGGAUCAUUAGUUGAUUUUGCAUGUGAAGUGGAGAUCACGGACUGUGAGCCACUUCCAGAUGGACGAUUCUAUCUAGAGGUUGAAAGUCGCCGUAGAUUUCGUAUUCUUCAUUCUUGGGAUCAAGAUGGGUAUCGUGUUGCAGAGGUUGACUGGGUACAAGAUGAUCCACCAAAAAGGAAAGCAGAGUUACAGGAUAUUACAAAUAAUGCAGCUGAAUAUGCUCAGUCAUGGUUAAGGAGGGCAAAGGAAGCUGCAAGACAAGAUCGAAGAAGACUUGAGAAACUAUUAAAUGUAGAAGCAAUGAUGCCCACGCCGUUGGAUCCUGAGCGCUUCAGUUUCUGGCUUGCUACUCUAUCAGACAGAAGGCCUCAUGAAAAAUUAGAGCUCCUGCGCAUAAGGGAUACAGAAGAGAGGAUAAAACGAGGAUUGGUCUAUCUUAGUGCAGCAGAACAAGGCUGCAGGGGAACCCAAAACACAAACUUACAGCAUUGCACGUCUUCUCUUACUUGUUCUCAACUAUCUUUCUUCUAUUUUUCUCCAUUUUUAUUACCUUCAAUCAGUUUCAGAAACACCACCAUUAACAAAUUUUUCCUCUUACACAAGAACAUUUCCCUUCUGCAUCCACUGACAAUUAGCAUUGUCAUAAUUUCUUUAUCAGAAGACAAUAUUAUGGGAAGACAUAAUUAUCAUCUUCUUUUCUUUGCGCUUGUUUUAUUUGCCCCCAACUUCACUAAUGCCGCAUCAAAGAAUUCUUCUGCUUCAGUUGCAUGUACACCGACUGAUAAUUAUCUCUUUGAUUGUGGAUCAUCACAAGAUACUACUCUUGUUGAUGGUCGAACAUUCAAAUCUGAUUCUUCUACUAUAAGACACCUUGAAACCGAAGAAAAUAUAAAAGUUUCAGUUGAUUCUAUUGGUGCAAAUGCCACUUCUAGUAAUUCUUCGCCUUCUUCUUCAUCUUCGAUCCCUUUAUAUCUGACUGCAAGAAUUUUCACUUCUGUUUCAAAGUAUAAUCUUCAUAUUUCUGAUCGAGGUUGGCAUUGGAUUCGCCUUUACUUUUACCCUCUUCCUCACGUUAAAUUCAAUUUAACUUCUGCAGCUUUUACUGUCACAACCGGUGAUGGGUUUGUUCUUUUAAGUGACUUUUCUGUGAAUUCUAAUAUCUCUCUUGUUUUCAAGGAAUAUUUGUUGAAUCUCACAAAGGAAACAUUUUCUCUCAUCUUCAAGCCACGUGCACAAUCUUAUGCUUUUAUAAAUGCUAUUGAGGUUGUGUCUGCACCUGAUAGUCUUAUUUCUGAUUCUGCUUCAAUGGUUCCUCAAGGAGGAGGAACUUUCAGUGGUUUGUCUAAGUAUGCUUUUGAAGUUUGUUACCGGUUAAAUGUUGGCGGUCCAAUGCUAAAUCCUAAAAACGAUACACUUUCAAGAACAUGGUUAUCUGAUAAAAAAUAUAAUGCAUUUCCUGAAGGAAGUGAAAGUGUAUCUGUGUCUCCUAGUGCAAUCAAAUACCCAUCCACAGGAGCAAAUGCGUAUAUAGCCCCUCGUUUGGUUUAUGCUUCCGCAGAUCAGAUGGGGAAUUCUGAAACUUUAACUGCUAAUUUUAACCUCACUUGGAAAAUGAAGGUUGAUCCUGAAUUUUCCUAUUUGGUUAGGAUGCACUUUUGUGACAUUGUGAGUAAAUCCCUUAAUGACUUAUACUUCAAUGUGUAUGUUAAUGGAUUAAUAGGCGUUUCGAGUCUUGAUCUUUCAUCCCUUAGUGACAAUGCUCUUUCCACAGCUUAUUUUGUGGAUUUUGUGAUAAAUGCAUCAUCUAUCAGCAAUAGUUCUGUUAUGGUUCAGGUUGGUCCUGCUUCAAAUGUACAAUCAUCUAAUGCUAUUCUUAAUGGAUUAGAGAUAAUGAAGGUCAGCAACAAAGCUGGAAGCUUGAAUGCUUCAUCUACUGUGACUAAUGCAUCUCGUAAGGUACAAAUAAUGAGAAUUGUUGCAGGAGUAGGUCUUGUAUUGGGGGUAACAGCAAUUGUGUUUCUUGCACUGAUUUGUAUUCGAUGGCAGAGAAGGCCUCAAGAUUGGCAGAGAAGAAACAGUUUUUCCUCAUGGCUUCUCCCUCUCCAUAAAAACCAAUGUGCAUCUUUAUGUACCAAAAGCAGCUCUAGAAGAUCUAGCAUUUUCGGUUCUCGGAAAAGCAAGAAUAGUCCCUCUGCUUAUUUUCCUAAUCAGGGUCUAGGCCGGUUCUUCACUUUUAGUGAAUUACAACAUGCUACACAAAAUUUUGAUGAGAAGGCAGUGAUUGGUGUUGGCGGUUUUGGUAAAGUUUAUAUAGGAGAAUUAGAAGAUGGAACUAAGACUGCUAUCAAACGAGGAAAUCCGAGCUCACAACAAGGCAUAAAUGAGUUCCAAACAGAAAUACAAAUGCUGUCGAAGCUUAGGCAUCGACAUCUUGUAUCACUCAUUGGUUUCUCAGAUGAGCAAUCUGAAAUGAUUCUUGUUUAUGAGUUUAUGGCUAAUGGCCCUCUUCGUGAUCACCUCUAUGGCUCGGAUAAACCUCUAUUGUCAUGGAAACAAAGGCUUGAAAUUUGCAUUGGCGCAGCCCGGGGACUGCAUUAUCUACAUACAGGAGCCGCACAAGCCAUCAUCCACCGUGAUGUUAAGACUACAAACAUUCUGCUUGAUGAGAAUUUUGUAGCUAAAGUUUCUGAUUUUGGCCUUUCGAAAGCUGCAUCACUAGAUCAAGGCUAUGUAAGCACAGCAGUGAAGGGUAGCUUCGGAUAUCUUGAUCCCGAGUACUUCAGAAAGCAACAACUUACAGAGAAAUCUGAUGUGUACUCAUUUGGAGUUGUACUAUUUGAAGUAUUAUGUGCAAGGCCUGUUAUAAACCCAGCAUUGCCAAGAGAGCAAGUUAGUUUAGCUGAGUAUGCAAUGAAAUCAUAUAAAAAUGGAAUGAUAGAUGAAAUAAUAGACCCUGAAAUUGCUGGAACUAUUAAUCCAGGAUCCCUGAAAAAAUUUGUGGAAGCUGCAGAGAAAUGUUUAGCAGAAUUUGGAGUGGACAGGCCUAGCAUGGGAGAUGUGCUGUGGAAUUUAGAAUAUGCAUUGCAGCUACAAGUGGCAGCUUCUUCUGAAGCUGAAAAAGUUGAAGAUAAAAGUAUUAAUAUGAUCCUUUUGGAAAAUCCAGACAACCCUCAUGGAGAAUCACCUAGUGAUGAUUCUCAAGUAGCUGGUUCUGUUUUGUUUUCCCAGAUGGGGAAUUUUGAAGGAAGAGACUCCUCUUCUACCCCCACUACCGACGCCGGCGAUGAUUUCUCCGUUUUCCCUCCCAGCAACCAUGAAAAUCUCACUCCCUCCCAUUUCAAUUCAGAAUCCAAACACCAAUCACCACCUUCCCCAUCGUCACCAGUGUCUCCGUUCUCUUUUCUCCCUUCCGAUUUUGACCCCUCACCACAGCCGCCGCCAGCUGUGUCUCUCUUGCCCAAAUGGUGGGGCUUUGCCGUUCAGAUAUUACGUUCGAGAAUCGCUAAUAUUGGGUCCUAUUUUGGGUGCAAUAAUGGUGAUAAACGAUCGUUUUGGUCAUUUGGGAAUGUUGCUUUGGCGGUGACGGUGGUGUUGUGGUGGUUGUGUAUGCGAGUAAGGCGGAAGUGGCAGAGAAGGAAGAGCGUGGGUCAUCUGAUGCAGAUUAUUAGUGAUAAAGAUAAGCAAAUUAUGCAGCUUCUGAAUCAAAUAGCUCAAAUGAACGAAUUACUGCUUACUCGCCACAAAGUUAAGGCUUCAAAAUUGGCUGAUUAAUGGAGGUUGGCUCGCUGGCAAUUCUCUUAGCAGCUGCUGAUGGGGCAGCGGGCAGUCAUGACUCACAACCAUACUGCUAUAGCAUUUGAGAUUUGAUCAUUAAUAGCAAUAGAGAUGAUCCUAUUUUUGUGGGUAGCGUAGUUUAGUGGGUGAAUCCCGUCCUGUGGUAAAAAUAAUUUGGUGCAUAACCCUUUACCUGAAUCGCAGAUAAGCUUUUGUAGUUGAAUGUCUCACGGGGCAUAUUAUGAUAGAAGGGAUUGUCUUGAAAUGAUUCUAUGAUGUUAACUUUUCAGGACAAGACACUGCCCGAAGUAGAUGUAUCUCGAGUUUUACAAUGUAACCUGCAAUUGAACUAUUUCUAUCAAAAAAGAGCGGAAAACAAAUAUAUAUAUCCAAACA